CUGCAUUCAUGGCUCCGUUUUUUCCUCCCAUCAGUUUAAUCAUCCACUCAUGCACCCUCCCCUUGUCUGACAGGGGAUAUAUAACGGUUAUCCUCACUCUGUGUGGACAUCGUCCUCUUACAAGGCAGGAGAGGGAAAGGGGGAGGGAUAGAGUGAGACGAGGAAAGGCAGACAGAGAGAGGGGGGCAAGAGAGACCCAUGAGAGCAGAGAGCAGUCACAUGGCAGACUGAGAUGUGGACAGAGCAAAAGAGGGUAAAACAGAAGACAAGACGAAUCAACAACACAACAACUCAAGACAUUUACAAAGGACAAGAUAAGGAAAGGAAAUACAUCAAACGAGGAAAUGAAGCCACUUGGUAUGUUAGUACUUCUGGUGGGUGCAAGUUGUGUAGCUGCUGCCGGUGCUGCAGUAGCUCGCCCCACACCUCCUCCGACUCCCAGCACGCGCGUGCCAACCCUGCCGACACCGGAUGCCCAUGACGAAGGCAAAUCCCGUUUUGCCAUGCUGGACGACGUGCGUCUCCUGGCCAACGGGCUGCUGCAGCUGGGACAGAGCUUGCGAGAGUUUGUGCACAAGACCAAAGCCCAGAUCAAUGACAUAUUCAACAAGCUCAACAUCUUCGACCGCUCCUUCUACCAGCUGUCGGUGGUCACCAGCGAGAUCAAGGAGGAAGAGGAGGAGCUGAAGAAGACCACCACCUUCCUGAAGGAGAACAACGAAGAGAUCCGCAACCUCUCGCUGCAGAUCAACUCCAAGAUCGACAACAUCCUCCAAGAGCGCACGCAGCUACAAAGCAAGGUCGGCGGGCUAGAGGAACGACUGCAGGGACUGUCACAGAGUAUCGUCCCCGCUGAGCAGAUACAGGAGAUCACGGCGCUUAGGGAUGUGAUUGACUCCCAAGAGAGGACAAUUACAGACCUGCUGAGGGCUGUCAGGGAACAAAACGAACAGCUAAACUAUCAGAAGAGCAAGAUCAAGAGUCUGGAAGACAAGCUCAACUAUGAAACAUUUCAAGAAACGGCAGACAAACCAACGCACUCAGAGUCUGACACACUGAGUGUUCUCCAGUACCUCACAGAUACCACGGCAAACAGCAGCAUAAACUCUACUGUUGAUUUUCCCAUAGACUGUAAUCAGAUCUUCAACCAAGGACAAAGGAACAGUGGAGUGUAUGCCAUCAAGCCAAAUCAAUCGAAACCUUUCAAUGUAUUCUGCGAGAUGGGCUCUGACGGCGGGGCUCUCGUCAUUCAGCACAGAGAGGAUGGCUCAGUGGAUUUCGACCAGACCUGGGAGAAGUACGAAAAAGGAUUUGGAAACUUGCAGCAGGAGUUUUGGCUGGGCCUGGAGAAGGUGUAUGUGCUGGGCAUGCAGGGGGACUACGUGAUGCACAUUCAGCUGGAAGACUGGAGGGAAGAGACACGAUUCAUCGAGUACAGGUUCGUGUUGGACGGCCCAGCCACAGACUACACCCUACACCUGACGCAUCUGAGGGGAAACCUGCCUGAUGCCAUGAGCAACCACACCGGGAUGAAGUUCUCCACCAAGGACCGAGACAACGACAACCACGAUGAGUCGAACUGCGCUCGGAACUACACUGGUGGCUGGUGGUUUAACGCUUGUGGUGACACCAACCUCAACGGCAAGUACUUAUGGCUGAAGUCUCGCGGCCGCACCCUCAGGAGGAAAGGCAUCUAUUGGAAACCGGGGAAGGGCACCUCUUACACCCUGAAAUCAACCAAGAUCUCCCUGGUGCCUGCAGUCCAGCAACAAUGAGCUCCACAGCGAGCUCCACACAGUCUGAUGAGAGAUGGCAUGAGUCCAUGGGGGUGGGGGGGUAAGGGUGGGGGGUUGGCAGUUGGAAUUGGGACUCAGUCUGAUGCAACAUCAUGAUGUCAUUGACCUCUAACCAGAAGGACUUCAGACAGACUGGCAAGUUUAGUCCAGUGAGGCAAAGAGAGUUCAAACCUACAGUUGCUUCCACUGACAGCAAAUUAUUACUUGUACAUACAUAGGCUACACCAUGCUAAUCACAGUAUGUGACAGUGACUGUAAAUGACCGACAAGCAUGCUGCAUAUGAAACCCUCAUUUUCUCUGUCAUAUAUAGCAGAGUAUGUUAUAGAGACUAAUUCAUGCAAGUCCAUUGCUGGAUUCCACUUGUGGCGGGUAAGGGUACCAAGACAUUAAGUUCAGUUGCAAUUCGAGCAUUGUUUGAUGCUGUCCAACAAGACAAAAAGGAUAAUGCUUCUGAAAAAGACUACCCUCGAGUAUAGAAUUGUUUGUUGCUAUUUUUUUAUACUGUCUUACCAAUUGUAUUUAAGGCGUAACUAAUGUAUACCAUAUUUAAAGCAUUUAACCGUUAAGAGUGUAUUGUCACACCAGUGUGACGGGAAUGUUCGGGCAGUGGAAGUUCUAUAGAAUUCUGGGCGUCAUUCAAUACAAUAUGGGAUUGAAGAAUCUUGCAUUGUUAUAGAACGCAUUCUUUUUAUAGAAUGCUCAAAAACCAACACUCUUAAAGGCUAAUAUCACUUCACAACAGAGGCUUUCAUCUGCUUCUUUUUCAUCAGCGAGUCAUAUUGACUCAUAUGACACUUUCUGCACACAUGGCUGUACUGUGCUUUAUUUUAUUUUGUUUUUUAGUUGUUAUUGUAUUUUUUUGCUUUGUUUUGUUGACAAAGACUUUCAUGAGCCCAUUAAAGGGGAAAUCGUAUAUUUAUCAUCAAAAAUAUAUACUUUAGAGUAUUUUGAAACCUUCAGAUUACAUCUUCGACUUUUUGCAUCUGUGGUUUGUGUGCACAAAAAUGUCAGUGAGUGUGUUUGUGUAAUAUCUAGACUUUCAUUCACAAAAUUCAGUAUAGGUCCAUUCCUAACAUGGAAUAACUCCACCAGUUCUACACACCACCACCACAUAUGUGCAGUCAAUGCUUAGCAAUGCAAAAUAUAUACAAAAUCCAUAUUUUUAAAAAUAGUUUCAAGAGAAACAGACAUAUAUGGAGAAUUUGGCAAUAACAUAACAUUAAACCUACAGUGGUUGAAUUGUGCCUGUUCUUUCCUUGACAAUACCAACAAUGCCAUAGCCUCUCAAAAUAACAAGCAACAAAACAGAACGGAGGUGGACAGAAGUAGAUUUGAACAAUACUAUCUAGGCAGCAUCCCAUCCACAGAGCUGAUCCCACUAGCAGCAAUAAGUUCAUAAGUAGUUUUUGCUUUUCAAUCUUAAAAUACCAUUCCCAUAAUCUCAAGGACAGAUAACAGCCAAGCUGUUUGGCAACCAAAGAUGACAACUAUGCUAGUGUUGCUUUGAUAGCAUGCUUGUGCCUUAAACAGUAGAAUCCACUGAUUUCGUACCAUUUUCUUUGAAUGCCCCAUAACUGCUCCUUGUAAGGUCUGGGCAAUAUUCACUAAUACCCAACACAUUACUACAUUACACUACAUUACAUUACACUCUGCUAAUGCUUUUAUCCAAAGAGACUAAGGCCCUCGGUAUGCUUGCUGUAGGAUACACAUGCGCAGGCAAGAUUAAUGCAUGAGCACGUUAACUUGCGUAGUUCAUGUCAAUUUUACACACACUAGAUACUGCAACCAAACACGUGCGUUAGGUGCGAUAUAUUCAAACUCGCUGGGGGGCGAUCAUAAGAACGACUGCACAGUUCCAUGUGAGCGCUUCUGGAGAAAAAGACAAUGCCGGCCUUAUUGUUAUUUUAAGUACAGGGUAUUGGUUACAGUCCCUGGAGCAGUGUGGGGUUAGGUGCCUUGCUCAAGGGCACCACAGCCAUGUAGUGACAUAAGGAGUGGUAGGGUGGGAUUCGAACCUGCAACCCUCAGAUCUAAAGACCAUCUGCUUAACCACUAGGCCACGGAUGCCAACACAUUAACACCCUUGGAAGUCUCACGAAAGUUGCAUAGUUGCAAGUUGCAUGCAAGUUGCAUUAACAAAUCCGCAAGAAUGUGACUGGGAAAUGUAGCAAUACAAACAAGGCUAAUGGCCUCUUCCUCUUGGCGGUCUGGCACUUGACAAACGCCACAUCUCACACGUUUCUGUUUCAAAGAUCAGCAAUGUGGGUUAUCCAGCGGGGGCUUGCUCAUCUUGUCCACCGUGACCCAACACAGGGUGUCUCUCUCUGGGCAAACAGCUGGGCAGGCUCCAUCUGGAAGCCAGCCCUGUGGCAUCACGCAAAUCAAACAAAUAUGACCUCAAGGGACAUGGGCCAGCACACACACACAUGCACACACACACAUGAACAUACACACACACGCAUGGACACACACACACACACACACACACACAAACGCGCACACACACUACCAAUACUAGCCCAUGUUUGCAGGUCCUUGACUAAAAUAGAAAUGCAAACUGCAAGAGGUCAGACCUUUGGGGAUGGGUUAGCAAUAAGCCCCUGUGAUGAGUGAGGCCCAGUAGGUGGCUGUAGGGCUGGGCAAUAUGACGAUAUAUAUCGUUAUCGUGAUAUAAAAGUGUAUAUCGUGACCUUUCUCGUAUAUUGUUUAUAUUGUGAUAGUAAUUUCAUCAAUUUUAUACAAUUGAAUUACAUUUCAUGUUGUCACAAUACACACUAUAAGUUAAUGUAACUGUA